AUGGGAACCAGCCAGCCACGCACCCAGGACUUCUUCCCAGCUCCGGCGCUCUCCCUCUCACUUGCGGGUGCAUUCGCCGGGAAUGCACCGGCGGCGGCGGGUAGAGAGGAAGGGGAAGAGGGCGACGAGGGAGAUGGCGGGAUUAGAGGCGGCCUGCGACCAGGCGACGCCGUGGAGAUCAGCAGCGAGAACACGGGACCAGCCGGCAGCCAGUCCGGCGGUGCCUCCUGGGAGGAAGGCGGUCCUGACGGUGGGGGUGAUAACAAGAAGAGAAAGAGCUACCACAGACACACCACUGAACAGAUUAGGAUCAUGGAAGCGGUAUUCAAGGAGUCCCCACAUCCAGAUGAGAAGCAGCGGCAGCAGCUCAGCAAGCAGCUCGGCCUCUCUGCACGCCAAGUCAAGUUCUGGUUUCAGAACCGACGAACUCAGAUCAAGGCAAUUCAGGAGCGGCACGAGAACUCGCUGCUCAAGUCCGAGCUGGAGAAGCUCCAGGAGGAGAACCGCGCCAUGCGAGAGCUCAUCAGGAAAUCGUCAGACUGUCCGAGUUGUGGCGUCGCGACCUCCAGCGACGCCACCGCCGCCGCCGUGGUCACCGGAGAGCAGCUGCUGCGGCUGGAGAACACCAGGCUCAAAGCCGAGAUGGAGAGGCUUCGCGGGACGCUGGGAAAAGCCGCCGCCGAUGAGCUUGCCUCCCCGGCCUUGCCGUCGUGCUCCGCGCGCACCAUCCAGAUCAACAGCAGGAGCUCGUUGGACGGCUACGUCGAUGGCGGCGCCUUGGGCCACGACAAGACUAGGAUCCUGAAGCUGACCGGCCGCGCGCUGGACGAGCUGACGACGAUGUGCUCCUCCGGGGAGCCGCUCUGGGUACCGAGCGUAGAGACCGGUCGGGACGUUCUGGACUACGACGAGUACGUGCGGCUUUUCCGGUGCGACGACGAUUCCGGCUACUGGCUGGCCGGGUGGUCGGUUGAGGCGUCCAGAGAAACCGGGGUUGUGUACCUUGACACGACGCAGCUUGUGCGUGCUUUCAUGGAUGUGAACCAAUGGAAGGAGCUGUUUCCUUCCAUGAUCUCGAAAGCGUCGACGCUGGGUGUGAUCCAUGCAGGCGAUAACGAUGACCAAGACGGCGUCGUGCAAUUGAUGUUUGCAGAGCUCCAGAUGCUGACACCGAUGGUGCCCGCAAGAGAGCUCUACUUCCUUCGCCACUGCAAGAAGCUUGCUACAGAUAAAUGGGCUAUCAUGGACUUCUCCUUUGACAAGGUUGAACCUGCUGCACAAACGUCGUCGACGGAGAAGUCCUUGAGGAAGCCCUCAGGGUGCAUCAUAGAAGAGCAGACCAACGGCCGUUGCAAGGUGACCUGGGUAGAGCACACCACAUGCCGCAAGGCCACGGUCCCGUCGAUGUACCGGACGGCGACCGCAGGCGACCUGGCGUUCGGCGCGAGGCGCUGGGUGGCGGCGCUCCAGCUCCAGUGCGAGAGGAUGGUCUUCUCGGUGGCGACCAACAUUCCGACGAGGGACUCGAGUGGGGUUCCCACGCUCGCAGGCAGAAGGAGCGUCCUGAAACUCGCGCACCGGAUGACAUCGAGCCUGUGUCGCGGCAUCGGCGGAUCGCGGGACCUGGCAUGGAGCAAGGCAUCGAAUGCUGACGCCGGUUGCGACAUCCGGGUGACGUCCCGGAAGAACGCCGGCGACGACCCUGGUGAGCCGCAAGGGCUGAUCUCCUGCGCCGUGCUGUCGGCUUGGCUGCCGGUGGGUCCGACGGCUCUCUUCGACUUCCUGAGGGAUGAAACACGGCGGCACGAGUGGGACAUGAUGCUACCUGGACGAUCCGUUCAGAGCUGCGUGAAUCUAGCGAAGGGGAAGGACCGCGGCAACCGCGUCACGGCCUACGCUGCGAAAUCAUCCGCGGCGGAGCAGAAUGGCAAGUGGAUCCUCCAGGACAGCUGCACCAACCCCUGCGAGUCGAUCGUCGCGUACGCGCCGAUCGACGCCGCGAUCCUGCAGCCGGUGAUCGACGGGCACGACUCGAGCAGCGUUGCCGUCCUGCCGUGCGGCCUCGCGGUGAUGCCGGACGGGCUGGACUCCAGGCCCGCGGUGAUCACGUCGAGGAAGGAGGACAGGACCGCGGAGGCGGCGGGGUCGCUGGUCACCGUGGCGUUCCAGGUGCUGUCCAGCUCGUCGCCGACGGAUGACGCGCUUCCACCGGAUUCCGUGGAGACCGUGACGGACCUGGUCUCCUGCACAUUGAGCAACAUCAAGAAAGCACUGAGGUGCGAGGACUUCUAA